AAAGCCCUUCUCUCUCUCUCCUUCUCUAUCUCACACUCACAAAAGUGUCUCCCUUAUUUUCAGGCACUUACAAAAAAUUAAAAUCAAAAAGCCAUUUUUAAGUCGAAAGACAGUCUCUUCCAACCAGAAGCAACUUAACUCAUGUCUUCUCCUUCUUCCUCGUUACUUCUUGUUUCUCUCCUCUCCCUCUUCCUCAACGCCUCACUCGCAGACAAUGAUCGUUACAACACCACGGCGGUCGUGAUAAUGAACCCAACAACACCACCGCCUCUCCCGCCGCCUUCUCCACUUCAACGGCAUAACGUCACUUCCUCUUUCAUGCCCGGAAUCGCCGUAGUCAUCGCUGUCCUCACCGCCGUCUUCUCCCUCACGUUCUUGAUCCUCCUCUACGUCAAACACUGCAAACGACGCAACGGAUACGUCAACGAUACGCAGCGUUUCGCAACGUCAAGAUACUACGGAGGAGGAGGUUACGGUGGAGGCGGAGUAGGGAGGAAAACCUCCGGUAUAGACCGGUCUGUGAUCGAAUCUUUACCGGUUUUCCGGUUUGGUGCACUGAGCGGUCACAAGGAAGGGCUAGAGUGCGCCGUGUGCUUGGCCCGGUUCGAACCGACGGAAGUCUUGAGGCUAUUGCCGAAAUGCAAACACGCUUUCCACGUAGAGUGCGUUGACACGUGGCUAGACGCGCACUCCACUUGCCCGCUUUGCCGUUACCGGGUCGACCCGGAAGAUAUCCUCUUGAUCAGUGAUUGCAACUCGUGGUUCGAGCUCCGUUUAUCUAAUAACCGUCGAGAAGAAUCUAAUAAUAAUAAUAAUACCGGUUCGACCCGGUUUGAUUUCGUGAGUCGUAUCUCCGGUCGGCAUUCAUCGGCCGGAGAACGCGCGAGUCGACUCAACGAAGUUAGAACGUCUUCUUCGUCUAAAUCGAUUCCCAUUUCGAUUAGGAGGUCGCUCGAUAGCUCUCUGAGGAUCAACGACGGCGAGGAGAAAACGGACUCCGUCGCUGUCGCCGUCGGGUGUUUCGAUCGGAAUCAACAGAGGAAAGACGGAUUGUUGCUUAAUUCGAACCGGGAAAGCUUCGAGGCGAGGUUCGAGCACCGGAUAAUAAUCUCCGGCGGGAAUCGAGAUCAGAGAUGGAGCGAGGUGAGGCCGGCUGAUCUUCUCUACCUCCGAUCGGAGAUGAUUCUGAGUGAUUGCCGGAAGCUAGCUGCGGCGGAGGAUGGCAGAGAGGUGAUUGGUGGGAGAAGCGUGUCGGAGUUAACGAGCAUUGAUAGACGGAGGAGAUGGGGAGGAGAGCCGAGACAACGACAAGCCACGGCGGUGAUCUCGAGAUGGCUCGCUUGGUCCCACCGUCCCUCCGCUUCCAGCGCUGUUUAAAUUACUAUAUUUUUUUAGGUCCUUUUAGUUUUGAUUUAUAACAUUUUUGGCCGGAUUAGUUUUGUUUGAUACAGUAACAUUUUGGCCUAAAAUUAAUUUACUCUUUAGCUAUAGAGAAGAGAGGAGGCAAGCCCACAAUGGUUCAGGUAGGGCGAAUUAAAAAAAAUAUCCUGAUUUUUGGAGUUAAGUAUUAUAGAUGCACGAGUGCAAGCAAACACAAAACCUUUUUUUUUUGGUAUUCUUAAUUUUGUGGAAAAUUAUAAGGAAAGGGAAAGGUUUGAGUUUUAAAUUAACGUCUUGGUGUAAUAAAUGGCGAGUAUUGGGGAUCUGAUAGCUAAGUUAAU